CGGAGCUUUGGCCGGGCAAAGUGGGGGGCUCGUCGGAGGAGACGGCGGGAGGAGGAGGAGGAGGAGGAGGAAGAAGAGGAGCCGAGGGCCCACGGGCUGCGCACGGAGCCGUCGGGAUGUUGCAGAAUGUGAAUCCCCAGAGCAAGCUCCUGGGGGAGGGCAAUGCCGGGCUCAUGGCACUGGCGACGCCCACGGAGUCGACUCCCGGGAAGCGGAUCCGCAAACCCUCGCUGCUCUACGAGGGCUUCGAGAGCCCCACCAUGGCCUCUGCUCCGGCCCUUCCCAACCCUCAGGCCAACCCGCCGCCUCCCGAGGUUUCCAACCCCAAAAAACCCGGCCGGCUCACCAACCAGCUCCAGUACCUGCACAAGGUGGUGAUGAAGGCGCUGUGGAAGCACCAGUUCGCGUGGCCCUUCCGCCAGCCCGUGGACGCUGUCAAGCUGGGCCUGCCGGAUUACCACAAGAUCAUCAAGCAGCCCAUGGACAUGGGGACCAUCAAGAGGCGCCUGGAGAACAACUAUUACUGGGGGGCUGCCGAGUGCAUGCAGGACUUCAACACCAUGUUCACCAACUGCUACAUCUACAACAAGCCCACGGAUGACAUCGUGCUGAUGGCGCAGACCCUGGAGAAGAUCUUCCUGCAGAAGGUGGCCCAGAUGCCUCCGGAGGAGCAGGAGAUCGUGGUGCCCGUGGCCAAGAACAGCCACAAAAAGGGGGCGUCCAGGGCGGCAGCGCUCCUGGCGGGGCUGACGGCGGCUCAGCAGGUCCCAGCCGUGUCCUCGGUGUCCCAGCCCACGGUGUACCCUGCCACGACGCCCGAAAUCCCCACAACCAUCGUCAACAUCCCCCACCCCUCGGUCAUCUCCGCCCCCAUCCUGAAAUCCCUGCAUCCCAACGCUCCCGCCGUCCUGGCCCCGCCCGCGCCCACGCAGCCCGUGGCCAAGAAAAAGGGGGUGAAGCGGAAAGCGGACACCACCACCCCCACCACCACGGCCAUCAUCGCCACCAGCACCGGCGGCGAGUCCUCCCCGUCCCCCUCGGCCUCCGGAGCCCCCCCGGACCCCCCGAAACCCGCCAAGAUCCCCGCCCGGCGCGAGAGCGGCCGCCCCAUCAAACCCCCCCGCAAGGACCUGCCGGAUUCCCAGCAGCACCAAACUUCCAAGAAGGGGAAGCUCUCGGAGCAGCUCAAGUACUGCAACGGGAUCCUGAAGGAGCUGCUGUCCAAGAAGCACGCGGCCUACGCCUGGCCCUUCUACAAACCCGUGGACGCCUCGGCCCUGGGGCUGCACGACUACCACGAGAUCAUCAAGCACCCCAUGGACCUCAGCACCAUCAAGAGGAAGAUGGAGAACCGGGACUACCACGACGCCCAAGAAUUCGCGGCCGACGUGCGGUUGAUGUUCUCCAACUGCUACAAGUACAACCCGCCCGACCACGACGUGGUGGCCAUGGCCAGGAAGCUCCAGGACGUGUUCGAGUUCAGCUACGCCAAAAUGCCGGACGAGCCGCAGGACGCUGGAGCUCCCUCUGUGUCCACCCCGCUGCCCGUUCCCAAAUCCUCCUCCGAGGAAUCUUCCAGCGACGAGGACGACGAGGACGACGACGAAGACGACGAGGACGACGAGACCAGCACGGAAAGCUCCUCGGAGAGCGAGGAGAGCUCGGAUUCCGAGGAGGAACGAGCCAACCGGCUGGCGGAGCUGCAGGAGCAGCUGCGGGCCGUGCACGAGCAGCUGGCUGCCCUCUCGCAGGGCCCCGUGUCCAAACCCAAGAAAAAGCGGGAGAAGAGGAAGAGGAAGAAGUCGGAGAAGCACAAAGGGAGGGACGAGGAGACGAGGGCGAGGCAGGCGCAGCUCCGGAGGGCCCGGAAAGCCGGAGGAGGCGGCGGUGGAUCCAAGAAUUCCAAGAAAUCCUCCAAACCUGCCCUGCCAGCCCCUCCAUCCCUCUACGACUCUGAGGAGGAGGAGGAAUCCAAACCCAUGACCUACGACGAGAAGCGCCAGCUGAGCCUGGACAUCAACAAACUUCCCGGGGAAAAACUGGGCAGGGUGGUGCACAUCAUCCAGUCCAGGGAGCCUUCCCUGCGGGAUUCCAACCCCGAGGAGAUCGAGAUCGACUUCGAGACCCUCAAACCCUCCACGCUGAGGGAGCUGGAGCGCUACGUCCUGUCCUGCCUCCGGAAAAAACCCCGGAAACCCUACAGCGAGAGUGAGUUUGGGAGGAUCCCGUGGGAUUUGUGGGGGGCAGAGGGGGGGGAUGUGGAUCCCAUGGAAUUUUCUCCUGGGGUUCUUUUUGUAGCCACGAAGAAGCCGGUGGGGAAGACGAAAGAGGAGCUGGCGCUGGAGAAGAAGAGGGAGCUGGAAAAGCGGCUCCAGGACGUCAGUGGGCAGCUGAAUUCGGCCAAGAAACCCCCCAAGAAGGCCAACGAGAAGCCGGAAUCCGCCCAACAAGUGGCCGCUUCCCGACUUUCCGCCUCCAGCUCCAGCUCCGAUUCCAGCAGCUCCAGCUCCUCCUCCUCCUCCUCCGACACCAGUGACUCGGAUUCCGGUUAGUUGGGAAUUCCCAGAGAAUCCCAGGAAUUCCCGGGCUCGGCGGGACCGGACCCGAGUCCCUUCCCCCCCACCCCUCCCCUGGAUUUUGGGGUGAUUUUCCCCCCCCUCCCCUGGAUUUUGGGGUGAUUUCCCCCCCAUUCCAGCACCGAUGGACUUUGGGAAUGCGGGAAAGGAGAGGGGAGGAUCCCAUGGGAUGAGGGUGGGAAUUUGGGGAUUAAUCCCAUUUUCCCUCCUCCGGCAGAAUUUUGCUGUUUGUUUUUAGGGUUUUUUGUUGGUUUUUGUUUUUGUUGGGGUUUUUUUUUGUGUGUGGGUUGAUUUUUUUUUUCUUGUUUGUUUUUUUUCUUGUUUGUUUUUUUUGUUUUGUUUUGUUUUUUUUGUGGUUUUUUUUCAAAUUGGAAUUUUUUCCAACAAAAAGAGGGAGAAAAGUUAGGGAUUUUUUUUUUUUUUUUUUGAGGGUGGAGAGUUUUUAAGGAAAAAAAACGGCAAAAAAACAGCAAAAAAAUAUUUAAAAAAAAACCUAAAAAAAAAAUAAAACUUUUUAGAAAAAAAAAAAAUUAAAAAAAAUAUAAAAAAAAGGCCUCUUGGUGGGGGAGGGGGCUGGAAAAUUCCAGAGCUUGGGAAAAGGGGGAAGGGAUGGGGGGAAAGUUUGGGAUCCUCCUGGUGGGUUUUUUUUUUUUUGGGGAUGGUUUGGGGGGGGGGGAGGGGAGGAGUCCCUCAACCCCUCCUCGACCUUUUUAAUUGUUAAUUUAUUUGGGAAUUUCGGGGAGGAAAAAGGAUGGGGGGGUUGGAGAGGAUGGAAAAAGCCCCAGAAAUGCCGAGACGCCCCCUCCCCCCACCCCCCCUUCCCGGCAUGAUCCAGAGGGGGAGGGGGAAGGGCCUGUUUUUUACGUUGGAAAAAUGUACAAUUUUUUUCUACUCCAUUUUCCAUUUGUUUUUUGAGGGUUUCCCCCCCCAUCUUUUCCCAUCUUUUCCCAGGUUUUUUUUUCCCCUAAUUCUUCCUGACCUUCUCCAUAGACCCUUUAGAGUCACGUUUUCAUCUUGGUUUUUCCGACCUUUGGAAUUCUUUCGAUGUGUAAAUAAAGAAAAUAUUAUUCAAGUUGAA